AUGCUCGGACGCAUCACCGACACAGUCAAGCAGGACCACCGCGAGAUCGAAGCCUGCUACCAGAAGAUCAUCAAUGCGUCGAACCGCGACGAGCAGACCCGCUUCCAGAAUCUGUUCACCUGGGAACUAGCCCGGCACGCGAUCGGCGAGGAGCUCGUCGUGUAUCCUGCUUUCGAGAAACAUCUCCCGGAUGGAAUUGCCAUGGCGGAUAAGGAUAGAAGAGAACACCAAACUGUGAAAGAGAAACUCAAGAAAUUCCAGAACCUCGACCCCUCCAGCCCCGACUUCAUGCCCACCCUCAACUCCCUCAUGCAGGAUCUCUCGCAGCAUAUCAAGGAAGAGGAAACGAACGACCUCAUCCAACUCGACCAGGCGCUCUCCAAAGACGACAGCGUCGGUCUUUCCAAGUCCUUCGAGCGGACCAAGAUCUUCGUGCCGACGCGCUCGCAUCCCAGUGCGCCUGACAAGCCACCGUUCGAGACGGCCGUGGGAUUGUUAACGGCGCCGAUUGAUCAGGUUGCGGAUUUGUUCCGGAAGUGGCCACAUGAGGGGCAGCAGGCGCCUAUGAAUCAUUAG